AUGGAACAACGGUACGCCAAGACAUCAAAGAGAUCCACGGUGAAAUCGAAUUUAGAAAUCUCAACUUCGCUUAUCCUGGCGAGGUGCCGGUGCUCAAAAAUAUCAACCUCAAGGUUCCGCGCUGGGGCCACGGUUGCAAUUGUCGGUGCGACCGGCAGCGGUAAGACCACUUUGAUCAACCUCAUCCCUCGCAUCCGUCAAACAGAGCGGGGCAUGGUCUUCAUCGACGGUGUCGAUAUUCAAGAUAUCCCGCUGCAAGUCUUGAGAUCGAAUAUCGGUGUCGUUGAACAGGAGCCUUUUCUCUUUUCCGACCUCCUGCAAAACAAUAUCGCUUACGGCGUUAGCAAUGCAAACGAAGUCGAGGUCAAGGAUGUGGCUCACACCGCCGAUCUGCUCGCCCAGAUUGAGGAAUUUCCCGAUGGGCUAGAGACGUUCUUGGGUGAACGUGGUCAAACCAUCUCAGGAGGACAGAAACAACGAACAGCACUCGCACGCGCAAUCAUGAUCAAGCCGAAGAUUCUGAUCUUGGACGAUGCGUUCGCAAGCGUAGAUACGAAUACAGAGGAUACCAUCCUCACACGACUGAAUGAGAUUAUGGAAGAUCGCACGACGAUCCUCAUAUCGCACCGCAUUUCGACCGUUAAGGCGGCAGAUUUAAUUAUCGUCUUAGACGAUGGAGAGAUUGUCGAACGCGGUACACAUGAGGAGUUAUUGGCGCGUGACGGCAUCUAUGCCGGUAUCCAUGAGAAACAGCUGCUGCAAGAAGAGCUAGAAGCACUGUAG